UAGUCUUGUUAUCAGGAUCGCAAACAUUUCGUAUCAUGAAUUCGCUGCAAUGGUUGGUCUUAUUUGUAUACUAUGUCAAGCCUAUAGUUACGAUCGAGACGUACGAUGGUGAUAGUUUCAUCAAUUACGUGACCGUCGGAAAGGACGAAACGAUACUGCGAUGCGACCUGGUGAUUGGUAAUAAAACCGCGAGCAUAAAUGUGCACUCCAGUUCUGCGAUUCAGGAAGACUUCUACGAUGGAAGAUUGUAUGGUAUAGGCAGAGGAAUUUGUGGUUUCAAAGUGGUGAGAGCAUCUCUGAACGAUCCGAAGGAAUUGGCUUUUAAUGUAACCACGAAGAUCGCCUCGAAACCGCCCGUCACGUUCACGCAUGAUUUCCAAGUCACAGUCAAAAAAACCAAAAAUAAUCCAAUUGAUAACUAUGAAAUAGACCUGACCAAGCGAUUCGAUUACCACUAUUCAAUCUAUCCAUUGUCUGAGCGCGCUACAUCUUGCAAAAUUUACAGACCUUCCGGAAAAUUGUUGAUUGAAGACGAGAGGUGCAUGUUUAAGAUCGAACGACUUACUAUGGAAGACGUAGGUCAAUGGACCGUGGAAUUCGCGUUGAAGAAUUCGAUGAAGCCGAUGCGCGUACAUUUUAAUACCAUACUGAAGGAGGUGAAUGUACAAGGAAUGUGGUACAAAGAGAUGGAUGGAUACGGACUGAUCGGAUGCAGUACACCAGUGUUUAAUGAAUUCUACGAUAAAUGCAUUUUCACGAAACCGGACAAAAGCAUCUUCGUGCUAACGGAUACCUUUGCUUCGGAGAGGUACGUGGCGAUUGGAAGUAAUUUAGCAGGCGGAAUUGCACAGAUCCAGCUGAAACUGCCGCUAAUGAAGUCGGAAAUCGGACGAUGGUCGUGCCAGUUUAACGAUAAGAUCGGCGAGUUCAUCGACGUUGGGCCGCCAUCGAGAGCGAGGCGUGGAGCAUCGCAGAGUUACGGAAAACGUAUCAAGAAAAUGAUCGAUCUGGGAAAACCGUUCGAAAUUCUGUGCUCCGUGCCUCAUCCUAUUGAUAAUUGCUUUAUCAAAGAACCCAACGGUACCAUACACAAUAUGGACCCAACGAGUACGAACGCUUUAGGUGAAUGCUUACACAAAGUCGAAAGUGGCAAGGAAGAGGAUAAGGGCGUUUGGACGUGUUUUCUAUCGAAUCCGGACAACAUCGAAGACGACAUGAUCAUCACCGAGGUCGAGAUUUCCAAUGAGCUGGAAACGAGCAACAAACAGCUGGACGUGCUUGUAGGCGACAGCGUCACGUUUCUGUUCAAACGUCACAAUCCCAUCGAUACGUGCUACUGCAAGGGUCCUGCAGGCGCAACGUAUUUCCUAUCGGAGACGAAGACCGAAGGUAACAUUGUGUACCAAGGUAAAGGGUUGCAUGUUGGAGAAUGCGGGAUGAGGAUCGAAAAAGCCGAAGCGGAGCACGACGGUGUUUGGGAAUGCUUCAGCAAGAUUCACGAUGAGAACAUCUACAGCUCCCAGAUAAGACUCACAAUUAUCCAUCAAAUACUAAGAGGAAUAUCCAUCGGCGUUCCUGUGGGCAUCUCCAUUGCGGCACUAGUCAUCAUCAUUCUUAUCGUUUACUACUGGUACACGCAGAGAAGAGAGCGAAGAAACGUGGAGCAGGAGAAUCGGUCCAGUUUGUCAAGCGAGAACAGCGACACUCUCUUCAUAAUCAACUCACCGUUUCAACGCAAUUGAAAACCUGUAAUAUUUACAAUGAUUAUAAUGUUACAAAUAUAUUAUUGAUAUAAAA